AUGAGUCUACUAGAUCUGCCACGCGAGAUCCGCGACAACAUAUACACCCACCUCUUCACACCCUCGGCCAACAAACACACCACCAAUGACGAAACCACCACAACCUACACCUACGCCCAGCACAACCUCUUCCUCUGCUCUCGCCAACUCUACCACGAAGCCCGCCGCAUCUUCCUCGAACAAAACACUUUCGUAAAAAUCACGACGCCGUUUCCGCAGUCGAGGGUGCAGGUUGCAGAGGAUGGUGUGCCCAUUGUCGUGGAGGCUGCCGAAGGGUUUACGCAACAUAGAUUGGGUGUGGUGAUUACGUUGCCUGCUGCAGAGGUGGAGACGGUGGAAGACACGUUUGUGAUACACAUUGACGACUUGGAAACGUUUUGCGAUAGUUGGUUGUUUUCGGCUGUGGAGGUCAAAGAGUUGAACCCGCAUUUGGCGCUGCGACUUAGUUUGGAAGAGCCUUUGGCUGCAACACCUUUGGAUGAGAGUACGGCUGUAGAGAAAAAGGUGUUGAGGACAUUGCAGGAAAAGUUGCUGUAUCCUUUUGGCCGCAUCAAGCAUCUGCUGAGCGUGGAUAUUGCUGGUACACCUCUACCUGACGAUACGGUCAUUGCCGAGAUGAAGAGAUUGAUGGCUGUACCAUUGGAAUCUCCCGCCGAACGCCUUAUCCUCGCCACCACACACAAAGACGCAGGUAACGUGGCUUUGAAAGCAGGUCAAGCCCUCUCAGCACUAGAACACUACCGCAAAGCCUGGAAAGCCCUCUUCAUCGUCGUCAAUGGCCGCCACCGCAAAACCCACUGCGAGCACUACUUUGAGAUAAUACUCAGCGAGCCACCGUUCGAGGGCCAACAUGGCAGUAUGGUGGCUAUAGUGUUGAGAGUGCGGCUCGUGGCAAACACAUUACUCGCAUAUCUAAAUCUGCACGAGUGGGAUACAGCAGUGCAUAUUGGGAUGAGGACGAUCAAUAUGAUGAGAGGAGGAAGAGACAAUCUAGAGCCUGACGAGGAGGCUUCUAAUGGGUGGAUUGCUGGGCCUGAGAUGGGAAAGAUUUAUUAUCGUACUGCAUUGGCGUACAAGGAGAUGGAUGACAAGUACGAGGCGAGGAGGCUGUUGAAGGUUGCGGUCUUGUAUCUACCGAGAGACACUAAAGUUCGCGAGUUGAUAGCGGAAUGUGCAUUGAGGCUUGGGUAG